UUUUCCUCCUUAAUUUCUCAAUCUCUGGUCAUCUUUCACAGUCUAUCAAUAAUUGUAGUCGAAGUUCCUGUUCGACUAUAUCCAUGUUGUGAUACAAUUUUAUUUUAACAUAUUCAAAUCAGUACGAAGUUUGCGCUAAACCAUGUCUAAAGAGCAAGAAUUUGUAGGUGACAAAGAAUUGUUUGAAUCGAGACUUUGCAGACUCAUGGAAUAUCAAAUACAGCAAACUCAGCAUCAGUUAGAGAUGUACCAGGCACAAUAUCAACGUCAGAUAGGGGAGUUAACUUCUAGUAUAACCAAACUUAUACAAACACUUGAAAUAAAUGCUAGAAUUGUUGAUAACGAUGGUAAUGAUGAUACUCGACUUAAGGUUGAAGUUAAUAGUCCACAGAAAUCAGUUGAUGCCGUACCACCACUGCCACAGCCAGAUUGCAUAGGUACACCUCGGGAAAAUGAGCAGGAACCUGGUCAUCAAGAUAUAUAUGGUGACAACCAAAGUACUUUUGAGGAAAUUGAAGAAGAAAUUACUAUUGAAGAGGAAACGGAUCCUUGCCUGUUAGAACCAGCGAUGUCUAAUGUUGAACUUCAACCACAACAACCGCGCCUUAGUGACUUCACUGGGAUUCCAUCGGUGGAUUCUCCCACAGUUCAGCUUAAUUUUACCAAGAGAAAUUUCUAUCUUCCUGGAUGCUUGCCACUCUAUAACUUCUCCAGGGAAGGUAAAUGGGAAAAGGCUAAAGUGUUAUUGACGAAGCAGCCGGAAUUACUAAAAUCGGUGAUAACAACUGCGUCAGAUACCGCACUACUUGUAGCUGCAAAAAAUAAACAAUGGACGUUUGUUGAAGAAAUCCUGAAGAUUAUGCCACCGGAUGCUCUUGAAUUAAAGGAUAACGUUUAUGGUAACACUGUACUUCACAUUGCAGCAAGAGAAGGAAACAAGAAUGUUGCUAAGGCUAUAGUGGAUAAGAACCGUAAUGUGACACAGAUACGUGAUAAAUACCAAAAAGUACCACUUCUAACUGCUGCAUUGUUUGUUUCACCUGGACAAAAGGAUACUAUUGAGUAUCUAUGCACCGUUACUGAAAACAAGGACCCAAGUCCCUUUUCUGGCCCUGAUGGUGCUUCACUGAUAUGCAAUAUACUUGAUGCUCAUUACUAUGAUAUUGCAUCGUACCUCUUCCAACGGUAUCCCGAUUUGGUGCUACAGAAAACAAAAAACAGCAGGAUGUGGCCAUUAGAAGUGAUUGCUGAAAGGCCGUUUGCAUUUCGAAAUGAGAAUAAACUUAAGUUGAGGGAACACUGCAUCUACUCAUUGAUCCAAAUAGACACAACUACUCUGGGUCGUUACCAUGACACUAUGGGAGAUGUGGAGAAUCCAUCGGUACAGUCGCAGGAUGUUCCUACGAGAGAUGGAGGAAUCAUUACCAAGUUUGUUUCCAGAUUCAUCACAGACUUAGCUCCUCACGUUCCUAGUAUGGAAAGAAUAUACAAACUGAAGCUGAUGCACGAGCAAGCUGCUGCUUUAGUUAAAGACGGCUAUACAGUUGGGACAAAUGAACUUGUGGAGGAAUGCCUUUCACACUUCCCUGACUUAGCUUGGGUAAAUAUGAACAGCAAAAGAUUAAUACAAAUUGCGAUUGAAGAACGAAAUGAAAAAAUUCUAAAGCUCAUAUGUAAGACUAGUAAGGAAUAUAAGAACCAACUUGUUUCAAACAGAGAUUUAAGCGGUAACAGUAUCUUGCAUUAUGCCGCAAAAUUAGCGCCUUCGCCUCAACUUACUUCAGUAUCUGGAGCGGCUCUUCAGAUGCAGAGAGAGAUGCAGUGGUUUAAGGGGGUGCAAAAUCUUGUAGAUGAAAGAAAUAGGCAUGUCAGGAACAAAGAUGGGAAAUCAGCUCAAUCUAUAUUCACACAAGAACAUAAUGAGUUAAGGAAGGAGGGUGAGCAGUGGAUGAAGGAUACGUCUCACUCAUGCAUGUUGAUUGCUACCCUUAUUGCAACCGUUGUUUUUGCCGCAGCAUUUACUGUACCUGGUGGAAACCUAAGCAACGAUGAUAAUACCGAAAACAAAGCAGGCACACCAGUUUUCUUAUAUGAGAGUUCAUUCAUGGUUUUUGCUGUAACAGAUUCCCUGGCUCUGUUUUCCUCUGUCACAUCAAUUCUUAUGUUCUUAGCCAUUUUAACUUCACGAUAUGCAGAAGAAGAUUUCCUGACUUCAUUGCCUAAAAAGUUGAUCAUUGGCCUUGGAACUCUUUUCUUUUCCAUAGCUACAACCAUGAUAGCCUUCGGUGCAGCACUUUUUAUAGUGCUGGGGUCCAGAUUCGCAUGGGUUCCCAUCCCUAUAGCUUUAUGUGCGUUUGUUCCUGUGAGCUUGUUUGCACGGUUGCAAUUUCCAUUGUUUGUUGAAAUGGUCCAUUCUACAUAUUGGCCUAGCAUAUUUCGUCUCGAUUGACAAAGCAAUCUGUAUGUUUUAAUAUGGAAUUGUACAAUGACACUAUAUUAUAGUAAAGUGUGCACUCCAUGUGCAAGUAUAAUUUUUAAUGUUCUUAUGGGAAACGCA